UUGUUCAUGGGAAGCUAAUGGUAACUUGGGGGAGGGGGGGGGCUCAUACUGCGAGCAGUUUGGCUGUGUCCGGGAGAUGAGAUCGGCGCCCGUCUCUCCGGUCGUAUUUCAGUGGAUCUCCGGAGCUCUUUUCUACCAAGGUCCUGCUGCAAAACGUUGACUUGUGUGUGUGUAUGUGGGGUGUGUGUGUGUGUGUAAAGAUACACCUUUUUGUGUGUAUUUGCGAAGGGCGUGUGACUCUCUGACGUUUGGUCAGGCCAGGUUUCCGUGUAGGUUCGCUGGGAGGUUGCUCAGCGGAACUAUAAAUCUGUGGGGGGGGGGGGGGGGAAAUGGACCAGGCCCCUUGCGAGAUAACUCUUGGUGGUCUCGGCUGAGCUCUUGUUUACGGUAGGUAAGCCGCCCAGACAAGGAACAGGCCCAUCUUUGCAGCCUGGUCGAACCCCCCCAAAAAACCACCAGGCUGCCGCUGAGCAGCGCAGGUCACCUUGGAGAUUUACAGGCCUGGAGCCCAGCCUCGGCAUUUAUUUCCGUUGAACUAAGCAAAGGAGACACCCAGUGGAAAGCCGUCCAGGGGAGCAGGCGUAGCUCUGAGAUGUAAUCAGGAUAAUUAAUAUUAAACAGCCCCUGCGACGUCCUCCGAACGUAAUAAUCUGCAGACACACAUACCCCCCAAAAAGGUACUCGCUUUCCUUGUUUUUCUCUCUUUAAAAAUUUUGUAAGAACGCAUCCUCAUUCUUUUUUUUAAUGUACUACGGUCUCCAGAUCCAAGGGCGCCCUUUAUUUUAGCAGGGAUGGGUGCAGUUUAUAUCUUAAAUUCAUGGCGCAAGUGUGUAUGCUCCAGUGUACAUUGGCUAUAUCAGCGCAUGGAUAAUCUGAGCCGGAGGGGAGAGAGGAGACCUUUUAAACCCAUCUUGGGGUAACGUUGCUAUCUGUAAUGGGUAAAGAGGGGUGUAUGUGUGUGUAUGUGUGGGGGGGUGACACCUUAGAGUGGAAUCAAUGUAAACUGUGAGGAAGGACUGAAGCCGAUCUGUGGUUUUACUGGAGUCAAGGGCCGGCCACGAGCGUUAUUUUGUCCAGUGCUCGCCUUUCCCGCUGCUUCUAAGUUUUUACGGCCUGCUCAGUACCAAGCGACAUAAUAUGUGCUUUCCAAAAUAUGAGGUCUCAGAGAAAGCCUUUCAUGUGAGGUAUAGGAGAGAGGAGUAAGAAAAGGAGGCUGCUGACAUUUCAGGGCAGAAGGACUUCUAAUUUUUUUUUAAAAAAAAACUCUUUUAAUCUGCCAGGACAGUGUAAGUGAGUCCCACCACCUUGGAGAAGGGAAUAUGACUUAUAUGGGCAUCAAAACUAUAAAAUAUGGCAAGCAGAGUGACAGACAUUUGUAAGUGGAUUGAAUGGGUGUUUAAGAGAGAAGUAAUUUUUAUUCAAGUAUGUAUUUGCGGUCACCACAAUAGUCGAACUGUCCGCUAUUUUGAGCGAAAUAAACAUAUGGAAAAUAAGUGACCAUAUUAUAUUAUAUGAAUGUUUAAGUGGGGCCUCGGGAGAAAGAAGGUGAGCUUUAAAUCAAGCAGGUUUUUUGCUCCCUCAUUUGUGUCCCUGAAUAUUUUUAAUGCAUAUUUUAAUAUUUUUUAAUAUUUUUAAUAUUUUUAACAUUUCAGAUAUUAAAAUAGCAGGCAGAAGUGCGACAGAUGCACCAGAAGACUUAAAUUAAUAUGUCCUUUUAAAAAAAUGACCUAAUUUUAACCUUCAGAUUUCAAUUACCCUAGGUCAGGCAGUCGCUUUCUUUUCCCUCCUGAGCGCCUAGCAGAACAAUUUUCUGCAAUUGUAGCAGAAGUCGAAGAGAUUAUGCACAUCUCCCAACUGAAAGAUUUACAGUACUUAUGGCCCUUUUAAAACAGUGAACAUUUAGAGUAUGGAAAAAUAACCUUCCCUUCAAGGGAAAUAUUCAGGCUUGUUUCUGGUAACUACACGGGGCUAUUUAUUUAUGUAUUCAUCCCUCCAUUCAUUCAGGAAUGCGGAUGACCUAAACGCUUUUCCGAACUACUGCAAGGUUCCAAUAUCUAUCUAUCUAGUGUUGUGUUGUUGUUUUUUAAACAAUUUCCUUUUAUAGCACCUUCCCUACCUAAUUACUUGCCACCUUCGCUUCCAUUUUCACCAAGGGGUGGAGGAUUUUGCCAUAAUUAAAUGACCGUAAAAGAGCAGCAUUUAAAAGCCCUGGAGAGGUCUCAAAGAGAAACAAAUCUCUGCCUGCAGUCAGGUGCCCGCGUUGCUGUAAGAUUGAAGCAUCGCGUGGAUUGCGCUGCCCCCGACCCAGUGGCGGCCUGGCGCAAUCUCCUUAGGCGCACGGAAAGACACAAUUGUGGCUCAAGCCUGCAGUGGUCUUGCAGGGCCUCAACAGGUCUGGGAAAGGGAGGUGCGGCAGAAUAACUCUUGCAUUGCGUUGGCUGAUCUGUGUUAGAUGCAUUAAUCAGAACUCUCGUUCUCCUUACCUAUUUCCUCGCAAGCCAGUCCCCGAGAACGUGGUGUUAAUGUUUGUCGUCAGAAUUUCACACAGACGAGAUGGCCGCCCUUCCUCCAGACAUCCUUUAAUCGGGAAUAAAGACCCCCCCCCCUUCCUCAAAUGCGGAUUAAUAAAGGAUUCAAAUGACCACUCCAUCCAAAAACAGGUAUGGGGCGAAGGGACCCUAAAGCAAUCUGAUUAAAGGAGGAUGUUAGGAGAAGAAGGAGUGAAGGAGGCAUCUAGUCUGUGUGAUUUCAGCUGGACGAUCUCACAAGCCAAGUACGCAUCUUUGGCUCUUUUCACCGAGCUCUAGGGUGGGGGCGGGGGGGGAGGAGAGAAAGAAACAAGGUCCCCGACAGAGCAGGCAAGGUCUGAGCGCCUCGUUGCCUCCGAAUUGCUGGAUCCCCACCCCCCACCCCGGUAAAUCGCCUGUCAUUCGGAAUCCGGUUGACUCGGAGGACGUCCAGGGCGUGCUGGAGGGGACCUCCUCUGCCCGAAAAACCUCAGGGGGAAAGGCUGACCGAGACGGUCCCGGGAUCGCCCUCCAGCCCCCCAUUCUCUCUCCCCCCCUUUGUAUUUCCUGAUCCGGGCUCUGCACUGGCGCAGCAAUUGGCCCUGCUGGUCAUGUGGGUGGCAGCGGGGUGGGGGUGUGCCCGGCUGUCUCGGGGUGGGAACUGCAGAGUGGGGGGAGGGGGGAGGCCCAAACUUUGGCAGGCUGCUCUUGACAACAGCAGCAAGGAGAAGGGGAGGGGGGAGAGAGGGAGGGAAGGAAGGAAGGCGGAAGGGGGAGGAGGGGAGGGGCCUCGGCGAGCCCAGAAAAACGACAACGCGAGAAAAAUUAGUAUUUUUGCACUUCACAAAUUAAUGACCAUGAGUUCGUUUUUGAUAAACUCCAACUACAUCGAACCCAAAUUCCCUCCUUGCGAGGAAUAUUCUCAGCACGGCGGCAACGGCGGCGGGGGCAACUACCACACGCAUCACCCCCCGCACCACCACCACCACCAGCAGCACCAGCAGCCGCCGACGCCGCCGCAGCACCUGCGCCAGCAGCAGCAGCACCCGGGUCAGUCCCUGCCCGAGUACUACCCGCGGCCGAGCAGAGAGCCCGGCUACCAGCCUUCUCUUCCGGCGCCUCCGCCGCCGCCGCCGCCUCCGCCGCCUCCUCCUCCUCCUCCCGAGGCGCUCUACCCCGCGCAGCCACCCCACUACCCCGAGUCGCCUUACAGCUACGCCAACCUCAGCGCCCCCGCGGGGCCGGAGCAGCCUCCGCCGGGGACCUCCCCGCCACCCAAUCCUUCUCUUCAUCCUCCUCCUCCUCCAGCGCCAGCUCCUCCCGCCUUGAAAGGCCACCCGGUCCAGGCGCAGUCCCUGCUCCAAGGCCACGUCCCUUCUUCGCACCCCCACCAACCCCCCCAGCGCCACUGUGAAGCUGCGGCGGGCGGCGGGGGCAACCCCGCUUGCCCCCUGUUGCCGGACAAGAGCCUCCCCGCCCUCAAAGGGAAAGAGCCGGUGGUGUACCCCUGGAUGAAGAAGGUCCACGUGAACACGGUCAACCCCAACUACACCGGAGGGGAGCCCAAAAGGUCCCGAACUGCUUACACGAGGCAGCAAGUCCUGGAGCUGGAGAAGGAGUUCCACUUCAACCGCUACCUGACCAGGAGGCGACGCAUCGAGAUCGCGCACACCCUCUGCCUCUCUGAGCGGCAGGUCAAGAUCUGGUUUCAGAACCGCCGCAUGAAGUGGAAGAAAGACCACAAGCUGCCCAACACCAAGAUGCGCUCCUCCAACCCCUCCGCUCUCAACCAGCAAGCCAAAGCGCCUGCUCAACAGCAGCAGCAGCCGCCACCCCGGGGGAGGCUCACCCCCAGCUCAACAGCGCUAUGAUGGCCCCUCAAAGGCAAGGCACCCCCCACCCCAGCACAAAUCCCAGGCCUUUAUUCGUUGACCACCGGGACCAAAUGACCUGUGCUGAAGUGUGGGGCAAAGGAAAGAACCCCAGAGCCCUGUUCAAAGGGUACGCAAACCAAAAAACUGCUCAGUGAGCUCAUGGUCUGUAAUGUUUGAUUCCCACCAUGUAUGUUUCUCUCUCUCUUUCUUUAAUUUAUGGACUAUACCGUCUCCCUGCAGCAUUAAAGAACUGUGGAUGCAUCUUGUACCUGCGAAGGAAGGACCCUUUGUUGUGUAUUUGCCUUCAGGAGUCAGCAGUGUUUAUAAGUGACCUUGUGAGAGAUGUGUGUGUGUGUGAACGGUAGGCCUGUGUUGUUCCGCCGGAAUGCUCAAGCAUAGACAGGCAGAAAUAAGUCCAUCAUUUCAUGGAAGUCUUUCAGAUCUUCUGGGGUCAGAAAACACCUCCACGCUCCCCCCACCCCAAGGACAGCAAAAACAGGUUUUCUAUGUGCCAAGAACAAUUUAACUUUUAAAAAGUGUACUCUCUGCUGUAAUUGUGCUACGUAAGUGUGUGUCGUCCCUCCCCCCCCCACAUGGUUUCCUUUGCACUUAUUUAAAGGAAAGACAAAAAGUACUCCAAUAUUUGCUAUUUCUGUCUUCUUAUCCUGCCACUAUCAAAGUCUGUGUACAGUUUGUGGAUUCUAUGUGUAUACAUUUGUGAACGUGUGAUGUAUAUAAUGUCCAGUGCUGGAAAUAAAUACUGUGUACAGGAACAAAAAUUAAAAGCACUAGAAGGCAACACCAGAAGCAUACAGUGGCGCUUUUUGAAUAUCAUGUUGCUUUCUGUGACAUGGAAAAAAGGAAGAUUCACUGGAGUGGACUCUUGACUUUACACAAAUACACACAUAUACACACCAUCAAUUUCUGUGCAAAGCUGGAGAAGUGGGACUGAAGCUUCGUCUCCUUGUGCACUCGUCCUCGCACAGAAGUGGAGCCUGGUGCCCAGCUUUGAAAUCAGACAAAUGGAAACCCCAAUCCUCAAAAUGAAUGAAUCAGCAAAAUCUGCAGAAUUCCAAGUACUUAGGCCCCUUCCACACAUGCAGAAUAAUUCACUUUCAAUCCACUUUCAUUGCACUUGGUAGCUGUGUGGAAUAGCAAAAUCCACUUGCAAACAAUUGUGAAAGUGGAUUGAAAGUGCAUUAUUCUGCAUGUGCGGAAGGGGUCUUUGCUUUAAAUGAGGUGUGUGGAUGUGCCUGCCCAAUCCUGUUUUUACCUGCUUCUUUAUUCCUUUGAGCCCUUACUGUGUGUGAACUCUGAAAGAGAUGUCUAUUUUUUCAUUCCCCCACGUUGCGCACAUCUAUUGGGCCUCUGUGGACAGAAAUGGGGAUCCAAUAAACCAGAGUGCUUACUGUU